AUGAAUCUAUCGGGGACACUCAAUGUCUUCCGGCUGGUCAGAGACCCGGCUCUGUGCCUCCCGCAACAUACCGUCUCUACUUUCAAUCACCUGCCGAUACCCCUGUCAAAGGCCUUUUCUAAAAAAGAUGGAGAGAAGGACGUCGAUAUCAAAGCCGUAGUCCUGGAUAAGGAUAAUUGUUUUGCUAUACCUCAUACCAACGAAGUCUAUGGGCCAUACCAGGAGAAAUUUCAGGAACUUCGCAAUGCGUACCCUGGGUCUAAGCUGUUGAUCGUCUCCAACACAGCUGGCACGGCCUCGGACAAGCACCAAGCGGAAGCCGCUCUACUAGAGAAGACCACUGGUGUUAAGGUCCUCAGACAUUCUACGAAGAAACCCGGCUGCAAGGCCGAGGUUAUGGAGUACUUUCGCAGAAACCCUGAUUCUGAGGUCACGUCACCUUCUCAGGUCGCAAUAGUGGGCGACCGUCUAUUCACGGAUGUUAUGAUGGCAAACCUAAUGGGGAGCUAUGGCUUCUGGUGGGCUCGCAUGGAAGACAGAUUCUCGGACUUCAUACUCCGUAGGGGAUACUGCGCACCUGAUCCUCGCAGUAACUUCGAGUGA